AUGCGUUACAGAAGGAGCAAGAAGACCAAUGCGCUGUUUUGGCAACAUCAACGUGCUCGGCUAUAUCUGACACAAUAUAACACCGAGACGUCCACCUACCGACUAUAUUUCCAUCCACUGAAGAAAAUUCCAGGGCCAAAGCUGGCAGCUAUAAGCAGCUACUACGAGUUUUACUUCAACGUGAUUAAACGGGGCACGUUUAUAUGGCAUUUGGAAAAAUUACAUGACACUUAUGGUCCCAUUGUUCGCGUCGGCCCAGGUGAGGUUCAUAUCAAAGAUCCUGACUAUUACGAUGAAAUAUACGCUUCCAGUGGCCGGAGACGGGAGAAAGAUCCCGCUGCAGUUGGUCGAUUCGACAUCCCUGGCUCAUCCUUCUCCAGCAUUACACCCGAGACUCAUCGCGAGCGUCGAGCACCAGUGGAAAAGUUCUUCUCGAAAGCAGCAGUAACCAAAACUGAAAGCACAAUUCAGUUUUGUCUCGACAAGCUCGUCCAGCACCUUGAGCGUGCGUAUCAUUCACACAAGGUGAUUACCCUUGAUGCAGGCUUCUCUGCGACGACUGCGGAUAUCAUCCACCAAUACGUGUUUGGAUUCAACAGUGGGAAUCUUGACCAGGAAGACUUCAAUGAGAACUUAAGAGAUGGAGUGAGUGGAUUGUUCCGGAUGGGACACGUUGCAUAUUUCUUUCCGAUCAUACAAACCAUUAUGAACACAUUGCCCCCCAAUGUGAUAAAGAUGAUCCAUCCAUACGCCUUGCCUUUGAAAGACCAGAAAAAUGAUAUCCGGAGAGGAGUAGAUGAGUUUUUUUCUGGGCAGGGAAGCAAGUCUGGAUCCGUCAUUGAAAAGCUCUCCGGUUCUGACGUACCGGAUCACUUCCGACUUGCCGAUCGGUUGACCGAUGAAGGCUUUUCUCUGGUGAUUGGGGGCACAGAGACCACCGCUAGGUCUCUUUCUCUUGGAAUGUUUCAUCUAAUCAAUGAACCACACCUACGAAAGAAACUGCGCGAAGAAUUACGAUCGUUGCCAUACUUAACCGGAGUUAUCUUAGAAACGCUUCGUCUGUCGACGGGAAUUGCGAGUCGAUCUCCGCGCAAAGCGCCUACAGAAGCACUAGUGUACAAGGACUAUACCAUUCCGCCCGGCACCUUGAUCAGCCAAACGAACUAUUUUGUGCUUAUGGAUCCAAGCAUAUUCCCUGACCCACAUACCUUCGAUCCCGAAAGAUGGACGCGAGCAGCCGCCAAGGGCGAGCGAUUAGAUCGAUACCUUGUGAAUUUCUCAAAAGGGAGUCGUAUCUGUCUGGGAAUGAACCUUGCUUACGCGGAACUAUACCUUGCAACCGCAGCUCUUAUUCGCCGGUUCGAGCUGGGGCUGUUUGAGACUACCGAGAAGAAUAUCGAGUUUGCUCGUGACUUUGGAACUCCAUUCCCCGACGAAGGGAAUUAUAGUAUUCGGGUGCAGGUGAAGAGGCUUGUCAAAGAAUGA